UGACUACUGUCAACAUGCCUUCACAACCAACACAUGUGUAGCAUGCUUGAAAGAGAUGAAUGUACUGUUUUUGAUCAUUUAAAUAAUAAGAAAUAUAGGGAACAACUACCAACAUGAAGUUUGCUUACAGGGUAAGUGAUACUUUAUAUCACUUAGUAGAGUUUAUCUGCUUGCUAGCUUUUUAGCUAGCUAGUUAGCUAAUCUUUCUAAUUUCUGCCUCUAGUUUUCCAAUUUGUUGGGAGCUGUGUAUCGUCAUGGGAAUCUGAGUUUCUCCAAGGAUGGCAACUCUGUGAUAAGUCCGGUGGGAAACCGCAUCUCUGUCUUUGAUCUAAAAAAGUAAGAUGGCAUCUGAUUACAGGAUUCCUGGUAUCUGAUCACUAGCUACAUGUAAUAGCUAGCUAGAUUCCUUUACAACACUGUGUUGAUUAAAAUACAUUUUUAACUUAUUGCAUUUGGAGAACAGACUGACUGAUCAUUUUCUCUUUCUAACAGCAACAAGUCAGAGACACUGCCAGUGUCCACUGCCAAGAACAUCACCUGUGUCGGCCUCUCCCCUGAUGGGAACCUGGCUAUACUGGUGGAUGAAGAUGGAGCAGCGUUGCUGGUCAGCCUGAUCACAAGAGCUGUUCUGCAUCACUUCCACUUCCACAAACCUGUGGCCAGUAUCCGCUUCUCUCCUGAUGGCAGGUCAGUCCCUCACACAUCAUGACACACACACACUGCAUUGCUAUAUCAUUACAUCAACUGAUGUAGCCUAAUGUCUGUUGUUGUGACUCUUUCCCGGUGCUCAGGAAGUUUGUGGUAACCAAGGAGAAUGUAGCGCUGAUGUAUCAUGCUCCCGGGAGGAACCGGGAGUUCAAUGCCUUUGUCUUGGACAAGAGCUACUAUGGACCCUACGAUGAGACCACCUGCAUCGACUGGACCGACGACUCCAAGUGAGUCACUGGCCCACCUAGAACAUUUAUACAAUGUGUUGUUCGUUAUGGUCUGUUUCAUGUCACCUGUCAAUGAAAAACCAGCAAACACUGCCGAGCCCUAUCAUUGGAGUUUAGCAUCCCCAGUAUACAGUUUUGUCUUGUGACCCUUCAUUAUAUAGUAGUAGUAGAGAGAGAACCCCUGUCUUAACUCUGUUUCCCCCAUGCAGGUGCUUCGUGGUGGGCAGCAAAGACAUGUCUACCUGGGUGUUUGGAGCCGAGCGCUGGUCCAACCUCAUCUACUACUCUCUGGGGGGACACAAGGACAUCAUGGUGGGCUGCUUCUUCGAGAAGGACAGUUUAGAUGUGAGUGUUCUCUCUCUGUUUCCCGCUCAGCCCUUCUCUGUGUCCAACAUGUUCUGGGUUUCUCUAUGUGCCCUGUGUGUGUUUGCAGAUUGGAACCUGUGUGUGGUUGUGCAUAAUUUAUAGUAUUUGAGUUAAAGGGAUACAUAAGGAUUUUGGUAAUGAUGCCAUUUAUCUACUUCCCCAGAGUCAGAUUAACUAGUGGAGACCAUUUUUAUGUCUCUGUGUCCAGUAUGAAGGACGUUAGAGGUAGGUUUGCGAGCCAAUGCUAACUAGCGUUAGCACAAUGACUGGAAGUCUAUGGGUAUCUGCUAGCAUGCCAAAACCCAGAAGUAUCCCUUUAGGUGUAUGUACAUGUUUCCAUACUGACCUGCUGAAUAUGUGUGUGUUCCAGUUGUACACAGUGAGCCAGGACGGGACGCUGUGUGUGUGGGAGAGUGAUACCGAGCUGGACGGGCUGGUUCUGAGGAAGACAAAGCUACCAGCGGAGAGAGGAGAGGAGGAGGGAGGAGAAGGAGAGGAGGAAGAGCCCAGAGGAGAGGUGAUCAGAGGGAAAGGAGAAGGACCCAAAGAGAAGGAGGGGACCAAGAACGUCAGAUACAAACAGAGGAGCAAGUAUGUCAUCUCACAUAUAUGUUGAAGUAUCUGUGGUACAGCAUCAGACUGCCUAGAAACAAGGUUUACCUGGCCAUGAGUCUAACCAACUCUAACCAAGAGAUUUACAAAUAAAGAUUGAUUUGUUUUGGGGCCAACUGAGUGUUACCAAUGUGAGGUUGGUUUCUGAUUGGACACUGCCUGUUGUGUUUGUCUCCACCAGACACUUCUUCAACAAGGAGGGGGACUUCAACAACCUGACGGCUGCAGCGUUCCACAAGCCCACACACAUCCUGGUGACUGGGUUCGCCUCGGGGAUCUUCCAUCUCCACGAACUGCCCGAGUUCAACCUCAUCCACUCCCUAAGGUCAGGGUUCACACACACACACACACACUAACUCCUCAACUGUUGAACCACUCAAUGACCAGUUUCAUUCAGACCCCUAGCCUGCAGUUCUUGCUGGUGGGUGUCAUUCAUCAUAAGUUGUUAGGACAAUUAGGUUUUGUUGUACUAGUAUUAUUGGCUAGAAGCAGUAACUGAGCCUGUAUGUUUUCAUGUGUUCUCUCAGUAUCUCAGACCAGAGGAUUGCCACAGUGUCCAUGAACAGCUCUGGUGACUGGAUAGGCUUUGGCUGCUCAGGUAUGGUCUCAUGGUGUCUCAAUUAACAUACCCAAAUACCACAUCCAAGCUUGCAAUGUUUAACAAAGGAACAAACUAUAAUCAUUACCCGUGUGACAUGUUGCCUUGUGUGUGUUGUCCAGGUCUGGGCCAGCUGCUGGUGUGGGAGUGGCAGAGUGAAUCCUACGUGUUCAAACAGCAGGGACACUUCAACAACAUGGCCGCCCUGGCUUACUCCCCCGACGGACAGUACAUCGCUACAGGAGGGGAUGAUGGGAAAGUGAGUUCGUAUACAUUUUUCUCCAUGGCCCGGUAGCUGCUGUGUCUCAGUUGUUCUGUUGUGCCAAACCACGUGUUGGCUGAAUGAUACAACGUUUUUGGAAUACCGAGGUCAGGAAAAUGGUGAACCUGGCCGUGACCCCAUUACCUGCAGGUGUCUCAGGGGGAGUUGGGAUAUGCAAGAAACACUUGUACAAGUGUGUAACACGACAAAUAUAAGCACCCCCCAAAUUAUUAUAUACAGUGGGGGAAAAAAGUAUUUAGUCAGCCACCAAUUGUGCAAGUUCUCCCACUUAAAAAGAUGAGAGAGGCCUGUAAUUUACAUCAUAGGUAAACGUCAACUAUGACAGACAAUUUUUUUCUCCAGAAAAUCACAUUGUAGGAUUUUUAAUGAAUUUAUUUGCAAAUUAUGGUGGAAAAUAAGUAUUUGGUCACCUACAAACAAGCAAGAUUUCUGGCUCUCACAGACCUGUAACUUCUUCUUUAAGAGGCUCCUCUGUCCUCCACUCGUUACCUGUAUUAAUGGCACCUGUUUGAACUUGUUAUCAGUAUAAAAGACUUCUGUCCACAACCUCAAACAGUCACACUCCAAACUCCACUAUGGCCAAGACCAAAGAGCUGUCAAAGGACACCAGAAACAAAAUUGUAGACCUGCACCAGGCUGGGAAGACUGAAUCUGCAAUAGGUAAGCAGCUUGGUUUGAAGAAAUCAACUGUGGGAGCAAUUAUUAGGAAAUGGAAGACAUACAAGACCACUGAUAAUCUCCCUCGAUCUGGGGCUCCAUGCAAGAUCUCACCCCAUGGGGUCAAAAUGAUCACAAGAACGGUGAGCAAAAAUCCCAGAACCACACGGGGGGACCUAGUGAAUGACCUGCAGAGAGCUGGGACCAAAGUAACAAAGCCUACCAUCAGUAACACACUACGCCGCCAGGGACUCAAAUCCUGCAGUGCAAGACGUGUCCCCCUGCUUAAGCCAGUACAUGUCCAGGCCCGUCUGAAGUUUGCUAGAGUGCAUUUGGAUGAUCCAGAAGUGGAUUGGGAGAAUGUCAUAUGGUCAGAUUUUUGGUAAAACCUCAACUCGUCGUGUUUGGAGGACAAAGAAUGCUGAGUUGCAUCCAAAGAACACCAUACCUACUGUGAAGCACGGGGGUGGAAACAUCAUGCUUUGGGGCUGUUUUUCUGCAAAGGGUCCAGGACGACUGAUCCGUGUAAAGGAAAGAAUGGGGCCAUGUAUCGUGAGAUUUUGAGUGAAAACCUCCUUCCAUCAGCAAGGGCAUUGAAGAUGAAACGUGGCUGGGUCUUUCAGCAUGACAAUGAUUCCAAACACACCGCCCGGGCAACGAAGGAGUGGCUUCGUAAGAAGCAUUUCAAGGUCCUGGAGUGGCCUAGCCAGUCUCCAGAUCUCAACCCCAUAGAAAAUCUUUGGAGGGAGUUGAAAGUCCGUGUUGCCCAGCGACAGCCCCAAAACAUCACUGCUCUAGAGGAGAUCUGCAUGGAGGAAUGGGCCAAAAUACCAGCAACAGUGUGUGAAAACCUUGUGAAGACUUACAGAAAACGUUUGACCUGUGUCAUUGCCAACAAAGGGUAUAUAACAAAGUAUUGAGAAACUUUUGUUAUUGACCAAAUACUUAUUUUCCACCAUAAUUUGCAAAUAAAUUCAUAAAAAAUCCUACAAUGUGAUUUUCUGGAUUUUUUUCCUCAAUUUGUCUGUCAUAGUUGACGUGUACCUAUGAUGAAAAUUACAGGCCUCUCUCAUCUUUUUAAGUGGGAGAACUUGCACAAUUGGUGGCUGACUAAAUACUUUUUUCCCCCACUGUAAUUAGGUAACAAAAGCAGGAUUUUCCUGUGUUUUCAAACAGGCAUGUGAAUGCUGACAGCGUUCUGUGUUUCAGGUGAAAGUGUGGAACACGACCAGCGGCCUGUGCUUCGUCACGUUCACAGAACACACCAGCUCUGUCACUAACGUCACCUUCACCUCCAGAGGCUUUGUCAUCGUCAGCGCCUCCCUGGAUGGAACGGUCCGAGCCUUCGACCUGUACAGGUAAGAGAACACACCUGGUGAAGGUAGCUUCACAACACACCUACACACCUACACACCACAACACACCUACACACCACUACACACCUACACACCACAACACACCUACACACCACAACACACCUACACACCACAACACACCUACAGACAGACAUGCACAAUACUCACCUGUCCAGUUAAGACAGCAACAAACUAGGCAUGCAACAUUGUAGAAACCUUCCCAGAAACAUGUUUUCCCUUUGCAUGCACUUGAAAUGUUUCAUAGAGAAACAGACUCUAUGGUAAAUGAGUGGAGCAUACUGAUAGUUGAUUGUCUGUAACUGCUGCAUCUCUCCAGGUACCGUAACUUCCGGACGUUCACGUCUCCGCGGCCGGCCCAGUUCUCGUCUCUGGCGGUGGACCCGAGCGGGGACCUGGUGAGCGCUGGUGCCCAGGACUCCUUCGAGGUCUUCAUCUGGUCCAUGCAGACGGGACGCCUGCUGGAGGUCCUGGGGGGCCACGAGGGCCCGGUGAGCUGUCUGUGCUUCAGCCCGGUGCAGUCCAUCCUGGCCAGUGCAUCAUGGGACAAAACGGUCCGCCUCUGGGACAUGAUGGACAGCUGGCAGACCAAAGAGACGCUCCGUCUCACCUCUGACGGUAAGCCCCGCCUCAGUCUCCGCUCAGUCCCUUCCACAGCUCUCUGACUGACGGUCAUGUUAAUGGGAUAGUUUCCUGCUAAAUUAGCAUUUCUUCAUCAUUUUCUUAAUCCAGAGUUGUUAGUUGUUUAUAGACAGACACUUAGUCGUAGGGUGGCUGAGUGUAGAGUCGAUUGGGGAUUCAUCAGAAGUAAUGGUUGUAGGGGAAACACUGAAUGAAUGUCUCUCUCCGAUUGGUUGUCCAGGACUGGCAGUGUCGUACCGACCGGAUGGUCAGGAGCUGGCCGUAGCCACGCUGGACGGAGAGAUCUCCUUCUGGAACCCCCAGUCAGCCAAUCAGACGGGCUCGGUCAGCGGACGCCACGACCUGGAGAUGGGACGCAAGGAGACCGACAAGAUCACCGCCAAACAGUCCGCCAAGGGCAAGUGAGUGGAAUAAUGUGUGUGUGUUUCUGCCAGUGUUCUGGUUAUUUGACCAACUGUUAAUUUCCCUAUCAGCGUCUUAGCAAUUACCUCACAAGUUUCCCUUCAGGCAUUAAGUGUGGCCACCCGUACUGUGUAUUCCAGGUCCUUCACGUCACUGUGCUACUCUGCAGACGGGGAGUCCAUCCUGGCUGGAGGCCAGUCCAAGUUUGUCUGCAUCUACAACAUCAGAGAACAGAUCCUCAUGAAGAAGUUUGAGAUCUCGUGCAACCUGUCCCUUGAUGCCAUGGAGGUACAGAACUGACCACAGGUUCACCUACAAAGCAUUGGUCUAUCAGGACUUCUGAAUGAGCAGACCUUCAUAGUAUAAAUACUGUGCUAGUAGAAUGGCGGCUAGCACUCUUCUAGUCAGAUGUGUUGCGUGAGAUUGAUCUUGUGUGUGUUCUGGCUCCUUCAGGAGUUCUUGGACCGGAGGAAAAUGACGGAGUUUGGGAGUCUGGCGCUGGUGGAUGAGGGGGUGGGCGAUGGUGACGGGGUAGAGCUCAGUCUGCCCGGGGUUAGGAAAGGAGACAUGAGCUCUCGCCAUUUCAAGCCUGAAAUCAGAGUGAGCUCUCUCCGCUUCUCUCCUACUGGUUAGUAUCAGGAUUACAAGUGUCUUAUCUGAGCUUGUUCUUCUGAAGAGUCCACCUGGUGCAUCGUUCUGUUCCACGGCUAUGCCAUGUCAAAUGUUAACGCUUUUCUCUUCUCUCUUCCCCUUCCCUCCCUCUCUUCUCUAUUUCACCUCCCUCUUCAUAUGUCCCCUCCACCCCUUCUGCUACUCUUCCCCCCUCCUGCCCUCUGCAUCCCCCUACCGACUCCAUUCUCUCUAUUCCCCAUCACCUCCCACUCUUCUAUGCCACCUGACAUCGCACUCCCUCCGCUCUUUUACCGUACCCGUCCCUCGAUCCCUGAUCAUACUAUUCCCUACCUAGCCCACCACCCUAUGCUCUUGUUCACCCCGUCAGAUACCACCACCUACACUGACCUCACGAGCCGCCUCGACUGCCAUCACCUCCGUACCCUCCCUCUCUCAUUUACCACGCACUCACCGAUCUGCAGUUUACCCACUCCCAGAUCCGCUGUCGUCCGUAUUCCCUCCCCCCCCAUCUACUGCUCUACCGAAUCCAACCCUCCCUCUCUUCUCUCUGUCCGACCACCUCCCCGCUCCUCUGUCCCCCUCACUCAUCUUCGUCUCUUUCCCCUCCCGCACCCUCGUCUCAUCUUCCCCUACCCUCUCUUCUCUCUUUCCCCUCCCUCCCUCUCUUCUCUCUUUCCCCUCCCUCCCUCUCUUCUCUCUUUCCCCUCCCUCCUCCUCUCUUCUCUCUCUUGCCUCUCUUCUCUCUUUCCCCUCCCAGGUCGUAGCUGGGCUGCUACCUCCACGGAGGGCCUGCUGACCUACUCUCUGGACGGGGCGCUGGUGUUUGACCCCUACGACCUUGACCUGGACGUGACCCCCGUCAGCGUCCGCCGCCAGCUGCGCCAGGCCGAGUGGGCAGCUGCCAUCGUGCUGGCGUUCCGCCUCAACGAGACCGCCCUCACACAGGAAGUCCUGGAGGCCGUGCCACACCACCAGAGUGAGUGCUCAUGGGUAUUUCUAGUUCUGUGAAGGUGUCAUGUGACUUUCAUUUCUGGUCAAAAGUGCUGCGAUCUGUACUUGUUUGUAAAAAUGAGAGGUUGGGUCUUGGCGGAUGUAAGAGUUAGUUUUUUGUAACCAAAGACCAGUAGAUUAUCAUGGUAGUAGUCACACACGAUCAGUAUGUCCUCAGCGUCUGUGUGUACUUCACGUGUGUGUGUGUGUGUGUGUGUUAGUCGCGGUGGUGUGCGGCUCCCUGCCUGACGUGUACGUAGAGAAACUGCUAGGCUUCAUAGCAUCAGCCCUGGAGCGGUGUGGUCACCUGCAGUUCUACCUGAGCUGGGCCCAGUCUCUCCUCACACAGCAUGGACAGAAACUCAAAACCAGGUGGGUACAAACACACCAAUAACCAUAGCAUAGAAAUAACAGGCUUAUCUUCCUUAUCAAAACCAGUUCAACAUUUACUGAGAGGAGAAAUGACAUCUUGUAGAGUUAUUUAGAGAAAGUGCCCACAAAGUAUUGUGAAGCCACAGCAGAGGGCAGAAUGCUAAAUACUGUUUUGUGGUGAACAGAUCUGGGGCUAUUCUACCCACCAUUCAGUCUCUGCAGAAGAGCAUUCAAAGGCACUUCGAGGAUCUCUCAAAACUGUAAGUCCAAAUAUAUUACACAUCAUCUCUUAUUCUUUUUAAACUGUUUUUUCUCUGUCUCGGUACAGACUGUUCCAGAUCUCUGUGUACCUGUAACACAGGGUGGAAUGUGGUGGUGUUCAUUUGUCUGUGUCCUGUGCAGUUGUGACUGGAACAUGUACACCAUCCGCUAUGCGCUCGCCCUGUCGAAGCAGAGGGGUGUGAAGAGGACGGCGGGGGACGCUCUCUGUGACGAGGGGGUCAGCGAGGACUCUGAGGUGAUGAGCGAGGCCUCUCUGGAGGAGGAGACAGACAUGCUCAUGUAGGAUGCUGCUACAACCUCUUGAGUGGUCUACUUCCCUACGUCCACUCUGACCUGAAUAUAGGGCCGGGAAAACCGUUGAGUGGUAUGAAGGAGACCCACUGCAGUUCUUCAUCUAACCACUGAUAAAGGAAUGGUGACAAGGAGAGGAAGCCACUCAAGAGUACGGUGAUGCAGCUUCAACAAGGUUCUCUUCCAAUAUCCACACUAGCGUACCACUUAGAAUGAAGCAAUGUA